AUGACAUCACUGACAGCCCAGCAACAGGCAUCCAAGGUCACCGACUGGGUCAAGCCCGACGACAAGUCUGGCGAGUUCAAGCGGCAAGUCAGCUCGUUCCGGGACUGGAUCUCGAGCGAGCCGGGUGCCAAGUUCCCGCCCGAGAAGGGCAGGUACCACCUGUACGUGAGCUACGCAUGCCCGUGGGCGUGCCGGACGCUCAUUGCGCGCAAGAUCAAGGGCCUCGAGGACUUCAUCUCGUACUCUGUGGUGCACUGGCACCUGGGCGCCAAGGGAUGGCGGUUCGCGACGGCCGACGACAAGGACGCCGAGGGCGAGAACGUGGUGCCGGAUCCUCUGCACAAGGACUUUACGCACAUCCGGGACGUCUACUUCCUGGCGGAGCCCGACUACAACGCGCGCUUCACCGUCCCCGUACUGUUCGACAAGAAGACCAACACGAUUGUGAGCAACGAGAGCAGCGAAAUCUUGCGGAUGCUGGGCACCGUGUUCAACGACCAGCUGCCCAAGGAGUACGCCGAGGUGGAUCUGUACCCAGAGGCCCUGAGGAAGGAGAUUGACGAGACAGGCGUGUGGACGUACGACCUCAUCAACAACGGCGUGUACAAGAGCGGCUUCGCGACCACACAGGAGGCCUAUGAUCGCAACGUCAAGGCCCUGUUUGAGGCGCUCGACCGUGCCGAGAAGCACCUGGUCGACACGGCGAGCGAGGGCCCGUACUGGUUUGGCAAGACCAUUACCGAGACGGAUAUCCGCGUCUUUGUCACCCUCAUCCGGUUUGAUCCCGUCUACGUCCAGCACUUCAAGUGCAACAUCCGCGACAUCCGUUCGGGCUACCCGGCGCUGCACAGCUGGAUGCGUGAGCUGUACUGGAACCACCCAGCGUUCAAGGAGACGACCAACUUUUUGCACAUCAAGAACCACUACACCCGUAGCCACACUCAGAUCAACCCGUACUCGAUUACUCCGGUCGGCCCUCUGCCUGACAUCCUGCCGCUCGACGAGGAGGUUCCUGCUGUAGCCGCUGCUGCGAAGAAGGUUUGA